CAAUGCACCUCUUGCUUUUUCCUCCAAAGUAUGUUAUAUUAAGUUUCGUGAAGCAUCGAGUGUUGGUGUGGCCCAGCAUCUCACUAACACGGUUUUUAUUGACAGAGCUUUGAUAGUUGUGCCCUGCGCAGAAGGUAAAAUACCAGAUGAAGCCAAAGCCCUCUCUCUGUUGGCGCCUGCUCCUACUAUGACAAGCCUGAUGCCUGGUGCAGGGUUGCUUCCUAUACCUACACCAACACCUUUGACUACACUUGGUGUUUCACUUGGCACUUUGGGGGCUAUACCAGCAGCAGCAUUGGACCCCAACAUUACAGCACUGGGAGAAAUACCACAACCACCAAUUAUGGGGAAUGUCGAUCCAUCCAAAAUUGAUGAAAUCAGGAGAACAGUCUAUGUUGGAAACUUGAAUUCCCAGGUAGCCUUUUUGUGUGUAAUAGAAGUACCAAUGGAAGGUGAAGAAUUUGUGAA